AAUGCCAUGUGAUAAUAGAGCGAGACCUGCAGGGGUCUCUGCGCCGCUCCAGCCUUACAAAAACGGCAAGGGGUGGCCAGAAGAGCGCACACGAAGAGCAUUAGGCCCAAAGCGAGGAGCAUCACCAACCCCUUGCUCUGUACUGUCGCAGAGACUGCAAAAGAGACGGACUUUAUUUGAUGUGUUGUACUUUUACGCGCGAGAUAAACGUGUAGGCUAAAUUAGUGUGCGCCUGUGGAAGAAGAAAAAACACGAUUCUUCAAGGAAACCUUUUGGUGCUUUUUGUGAUCCGCAUCUUUGGGGAAUUCAUCUGGAGAAAACAUGACCAGAGUCUGUGUCUGUGUUUGCCUGACUGACUCACUUAUGAUCUUCCAUGUACACCACUAAAAGAAGAACAAAAUGCCAGGAGAUCAAUGAUUUUGGAGUCUCCAAACUGUGGAAAACUCUGACUCGCGCCAAGUCACUCAUACUGACCAAAGACUUGCAACAACAUUCAGGCGCCCGUAACAAACAAUAUACAGCAUAUGCUAUUGAUACAUCAUAAAUAAGUAACCAAAAGCAUGCCUCGUCCGGGGAAGAACUCGUACAGCGAGCAGAAGCCGCCUUACUCUUAUAUCUCUCUGACAGCCAUGGCUAUCCAGAACUCCACCGAGAAGAUGCUCCCACUGAGCGACAUCUACAAGUUCAUCAUGGACCGAUUCCCUUACUACCGGGAGAACACACAGCGGUGGCAGAACUCUCUGCGACACAACUUGUCCUUUAACGACUGCUUCAUCAAAAUCCCCCGGCGGCCCGAACAGCCGGGGAAGGGCAGCUUUUGGGCCCUGCACCCAGACUGUGGAGACAUGUUCGAAAACGGCAGCUUUCUACGCAGGAGGAAGCGCUUCAAACUGCUUCGCGCUGAGCACAUGGCCUGCAAGAGCUCCCCAAUGAUGCACUAUUUCCACCACCAGGGCAAGCUGAGUGGAGGGCAUCAUGAGCACCAAGGCCCCGCCGAUGCAGUGGGAAUGCUCCCCCACUUCCAGAGCUACGGCAGCAUCAACUGCGGACAGUCCGGCAGUUUCAAGCACCCGUUCGCCAUUGAGAACAUCAUAGGUCGGGACUACAAGGGCGUGAUGACAAGCGGGCUGCCCAUCACUUCGGUAAUGCAGCACCUGGGCUACCCUGUGCCCGCGCAGCUCAGCAGUGUGGUCAACUCAAUGUGGCCGCACGUCGGCAUGCUGUCAGAUUCCAUGAGCGCCAUGCCCCUACCAGUCUCCUCAGAGUACGCUCCCUUUGGCGUGUCCAUGAAGGAUCUCUACCACCACGCGAGCGGACAGACGCUACCCACCAUGCCCAUCAAACCGACCCCGUCUAUGGGUCCGAUGCCCGGUCUUUCGGGCCUUCCGCCCGGCCCAUCGCAUCUCUGCUCCCCUUCAUCCUUGCUGGAGAAGAAUGGUUCCGAUCCUUUGGAGGGCAUGGGCAAUCCGAUACACCCGGUUCUCCUGCUGCCUUAACCGGAUAAAACGUCAACAACUCGAUUCUGUAUCGACGAGGGAACAAACAACAUAAGGGGCAAGAGCAGUAUCUAAAAUGUUAAUCAUUUAGCCUAUAGUUGCCUAAAAGUUGAGGAGGUAUGGUGACCUGUGAAGGAAUUCAGACUGUAGGCCUAUCAUUCUAGUGAUGAGUUGGCUACCACGCAUUUCAGCAUAAUUUGUUCUUAAGCCAUUAGCACAUUGUGAAGGCAUUUGCCACAUUAAAAAGUGGCACUGAAAUACAAUCAGGAAGUGACCCAAAGAGAGUUUUGAUUUAAUAAUCAUAAUUAAUUCAAUAAAAAUAUAGAGGAAGAUCAAAACUUGCUGCCUCAGUUUUUACAUGUUUGAGUGGAUAAUAUAAAUUGUUUUAACGUUUUUGUUCAUUAGAUUUAAUUGAAUAAUUAAAUGUGUAGUUUAAUAAUAACACAAUGUAUAUGGACUGUUUUUAUUAGCACGUAAGAUAAAUGUUAUAACUGUAAAAUAACAUUAUUUAUCUUAACAGAUUUAUAAAGAACUUUAAACGAAA